AUGUUUUUCGUAUCAAUUAUAUUUCUAACUAUUCUCAUUCUUCCAAUACAAUCAGCUAAGCCAACAUUAGAAUUAACAUUUACUCCCGAUGAAAAAUAUUAUACAGAGGGUCAUGUGGUUGAAAUUCUUUGUGAAUUACUUAAUCCAAAUGAUCAUACAGAAUCACCACAAUUAUGGCAUGUUGAUAUAAAAAGUGGUAAACGUACACCAAUAUCAAGAUCAUUAUUAAAUGCACCACCAGAUGAUGCAUUAGAUAUAUUUAAACAAAAUAAAAAUAAACGUAUAGAAUAUGUUAAAAAAAAUCAUUUACGUAUACGACAAAUUUUAUUUCAAGAUACAUCUCGAUAUGAAUAUCCAAAAUGGCAUAUUGAACCUGGUUGGCCAAUACAAGAAAAUGCUAAAACAACAUUAAAAUGUACAGCUGAUGAUUUUUAUCCAUAUGUUAGUUAUCAGAUUUUUCGUGAUCAGCAUAAACUUAAUGAUGAUGGUAAAGCUGUAAUACCGAAUAGUAAUACAAUUCCACAAAAAUUUUCUUGGGAAAUAACUGUUACACCAACAUUUGAAUGGCAUAAUACAACAUUAAAAUGUAUAAUUAUUCAAGGUAAUAGUGAACGACAUGCAAUAAAAACUCUUCAAGUCUUAUUUACUCCACGUUUUAUCAGAUGUGAUAAAAAACAACGUGUUAAUACAACGAAUGAACAAUCAACAAUUGAAUGUUCAUAUGCAGGAAAUCCUAAACCAGAAUUAAUAUGGCUUCGUCAAACAGACAGAUAUCCUAUCACAAAAGAUGAUGGUAUUAUUAUUGAAACCAUAGAUCAACAUCAUGGAACAUAUAAAAGUAUUGUUACAUUUAAUCGUCGUGCAUUAACAACAAUAUCUGAUGCAAAAGAUUGUAGAGAAAUUGUUAUUAAAUCAUCACAAACAUUUAUUGAUGAUAUUGAAAAGAAAUUUAAUGAUUUAAAUGAACAAAUAAAGCAAAUUCAUAAAGAAAAUGAAUUUAAUGAACUUAAUUUAAAUUAUUUAAGAAAUCAACUAAGAAAAAUUACAGAAGAAUUAAAUAAUCCAUCGAAUAUGUCUAUUCAACAAAAGUCACAAUCAUUUAUUAAUGAAAUCUCUAUUGUUUUAUCAAAAAAAUCAAAACUCAACAAAUGGAAACAAAAUGCUACUACUGUGGCUGCUGGAAAGGGGCAAGGUCAAAAAUUAAAUCAAGUUAAUCGCCCUCAUGGAAUUUUUAUUGAUAAAAACAAAAAUAUUUUCAUUGCUGAUUAUCUGAAUCAUCGUAUUAUUGAAUGGAAAUAUAAUACAAAGGAAGGACAAAUUGCUGCAGGUGGAAAUAAAGAAGGAAAGGGAAUGGAUCAAUUGAAUUGUCCGACAAAUGUGAUUGUUGAUCAACAAAAUCAUUCGAUCAUCAUUGCCGAUAAUGGGAACAGCCGAGUGAUUCGCUGGUUGAAUCAAAAUCAACAAAUUCUCAUUGACAAUAUUCACUGUUACGGUUUGGCGACGGAUAAAAAUGGAUUUCUUUAUGUUUCUGAUAAUGAGAAGAAUGAAGUGAGACGAUGGAAAAUGGGAGAAUAUAAUAAUGAAGGAGUUGUAGUGGUAGGUGGAAAUGACAAAGGAAAUCAAUUGAAUCAACUCCAUGCUCCUACUUUUAUCUUUGUUGAUGAAGAUCAAUCUAUUUAUGUGUCAGAUUGGUUCAAUCAUCGUGUAAUGAAAUGGAGAAAAGACGCAAAAGAAGGAAAAGUUGUGGCUGGAGGGAAUGGUCAAGGAAGAAAUCUCAAUCAAUUGUCUCUACCGGCAGGAGUAAUUGUUGAUGGUUUUGGUCAAAUCUAUGUGGCAGAUUUUGGAAAUAAUCGAGUAAUGUGUUGGUGUGAAGGAAAUGAUGAAGGUGAAAUUAUUAUUGGUGGAAAAGUGAGAGGAAAUCAAUUGGAUUGUCCCUGUGGUUUAUGUUUUGAUGAUGAAGGAAAUCUUUAUGUAGCUGAUUGGGGAAAUCAUCGGAUUGAAAAAUUUAAAAUAAUUUUGUGA